AUGGACCCGAUUCAAGAAGCGAUUGCAGAAAUCGAAUCGCGAGAACCAGGAGAUAAAUUCUCGUAUCAAGCAAUCGCGAAAAAGCAUGGUGUAGCACGAAUGACGUUGAUGAGACGACACCGCGGCGAAACUAAGGCCUAUGGCGUGCGCAACCUCUCCCUCCAUCCACAACACGAGAAGGAGCUUAUUUGGCUGGAAAGCCGGUUUCAGAAAGCUGGGUUGACCGGUUCAUCCGCCGGCACCCCAACCAUCUCAUCUCUGCCCACAGCAAGGGGAUGA